AUGUCAUCUGCCAAAGCCGUGGAUGCAGAAGACAUCCUAAAACUUUUUUCACUCUAUCUAAUAGAGCACGGUGAAAAACUACUUACUCGUGCUCAUCAAUUCAUGAAUGUGACUCACCUAUAUCCCUAUACCACACCUUCAAAUAAUAAUACGAAAGAACCUCUCCGAAUCACUAAUGAUUUUUUGACAGUUUGUGGUGUGGACCCCUUUCUAAUGAAUGAUUAUGAUAAUAACCAAACAAAUCCCACCGAUAACAACAGCAACAAUAAUUUAACAAAUUCUAGAAAGGAAACUUUGGAAGUGGAAAAAUCAAUAAUUGAAAGAUGGUGGGAAAGGAGGAAGAAAAUUCAUUCGGAAUGGGUUGAAAAGUAUUUACAAAGCAACGGAGCAUACAUUGAAGAAAACAAAUCACCGUUUGCACUCGAUGAAAAUCCACUCCUGCCAAUGAUUAGUACUAUUUAUUUUCAUCACUUGAUGAACAAAAUUCGUUAUGAUUCUUUAUUUGGAAUGGUCAAUCAUAAAGUACCAAAUUCAAAGAUUUUGAAAAUGAAAUACAAAAUUUUGAGAAUUUUAAAUGCUCGAGUUAAGGAAUUUAAACGAAAACAGAAAGAAAAAAAGAGUUUCUUCUCUUGGUUUGUUGAGCAAAUUGUUGAUAAUGAAUUUAUUACCGAGUUGACUAAUACUGAUUUUGAGAGAUUUAUUUACAUUUUUAAGAAUAUUCGAGUUUUACAAUUGGAAACAAACAAGACAAAGAAAGGUCCAAUGCAAUCAAACAAAACUGAAGAUGUUGAGGUUGAUUUGACACUUUUUCACAACUUGAAACAUUUGAUUAUUCGAUCAAAUUUUACAAGAUUAUUGUAUAUUAAAGGAAAAUUUAUUACGAACGAUGAGACAACAGAAGAGUCAGCAUUCAAGACAAUCAAUUUGGAAGGAUUGACAGUUUUGGAUUCACAAUUUUUGAGGAUUGAAAGAAAUAUUUUCCAUGAUUUUUCUGAGACACUGAGAGUGUUAAAUUUGAUUAGUAUUGACGAGCAAUUACUGUUUGAUAUUUUCUUGGAACCAGAUGAUAGAGAACAAAAGAAUGAAUUCUCCGAAAAGUCGAAAGAUGUUUUCAAAGUUUUGGAGGUUUUGAACAUUUCCAAUGUUUGGUUUAAGAAGGGAGAGGUUCCACCAAUAUUUUCUAAACCAGCAUUUAUUGAUUUGUUAGUGAACAAGUUGAAGGUUUUCAUUUUGAAAAAUACCAAUUUGGAAAUUUCAAUUUUUGAUGCUUUCAAUGAUGUGGGAAAGCAUUUCGUGUUGAGCCAUUUGAUGGUUUUAAAUCUUUCACACAACAAUUUACACACUAUUUUAAGGAAGAAAGACACAGAGGAAAAGAAUUGUAUCACUAUUAAUUUACCAAAUUUAAUCGAACUCAACUUGGCAUUCAAUGAAUUGGAAAGCUUAGAUUCAUUCCAUGGUGUUGUUUGCCCUAAAUUAGAAAUAAUUAACUUGGAGAAUAACCAACUCAAUCAAGAUGUUGCUGAAAAUCUUAGGAGAAUAACAGCCAAUUCUAGUUCUCAUCUUAAACGGAUCAAUCUUAGAUCUAAUCAAUUAACGGCAUGGCAAGAAAUCAAGCAAUUGCAAUUUUUCAACAAGCUUCAUGAUCUUCAACUGAGUGGUAACAUGGAAAUUUGUAGAUAUGGAAAUUACCACAGAACUAUUCUGUCCUAUUUCAGAAGAAAUAUUAGUGAAGAAUUUGUUCUAGAUGGUGUCAAAUAUCUGAAGAAGGACAUCAUGGAUAUUCUCAAUCUCUCACAAACAGGUUCUUCAACAGCCACUGAUACCAGUUCGCAAAAUGGCAGUAUGAGUGACACUGAUGGUAGUGAUGCUGAUAUUGAAAAUGAUAACUUUGUGGAUUUGAGAAAACAAAUCAAGAAGAGUAGCAGUUCCAAAUCACUCAUCCAAGAAGAAGUCAAACAAGUUAAAGAGGAAAAGAAGAAGAAAAAGAAGGAAGGAAAGAAUAAGAAAUCUAAAAAGAAAAAGAAAAGAGUUUUCAAUGAAAUUCCUGAAUAUUCAAAGAAUGCUCCGUCAAAAGUUCAAUCCAAUCCAGAAGAAGAUGCAAAGAAAGUCAAGGAAGAAUUUCCAGAACUUGAAGAAAGGUCAACAAAGGUUAUUGAACUCUUAGGCCAAUUGAGAAAUGAUGGUGGUACUAAGUGGUUAAGUUUACUAAAUGAAAUGGGCUAUCUCGAUGAAAAGAACCAACAAAUUACUCUGACACCAAAGCAAAACCUCACUGAACAAAUCAAGAAGACAACUCAAAAUAAGGACAAGCAAGAAUUGGAAGAUUUUAUGAACAAGCUCAAGAAGAAUUCUUCACAAAACAAGGCCAUGAAUAGUCUCAGCGACUUUUUACUUGGAAAGAUAAAGAAGAAGAGUGAUCCCUCCUCUAGUGAAGACAUGGUUGCAGCAACCCCUAGAGCUAAAAAUCAUCAACAGGACUUUUUCGCAAGUAUGGACUUGAAAAGAAUUUCAAGAUUGGGCAACAAACAAAUGCCAGUUCUUGAAGUCCAUCCAGUGUUUGGUAUUGCAGACACUCCAAACUUUGAAAAGUAUGGAGCUACUGAAGUGGGAGGACUUUCAUUUAUCAAGGCAAAGGGAACUAAAUAUGGAAGCGAUGCUCUGAUUGCCAAAUCUUUGAAUUUGGAACCAAGAAGUGAUUUCUUGAAUGUUUCCUUGGUGGUCAAUCAAUCAAUUUUCAAGUAUGGAGAGCAAGAAAAAUCAGAUAGUGCCAGCGACUCUGACAAGAGAAGUAGAAUCCAAAAGAGACACAGAAAUAUUAAGCAACACUAUUCAGCUAAAAUUGCCGAAUUGAAAGAAUUAGAAAAGGUAGAGAAUGAAACCUCACUCAAAAUCUCAGAUGAAGAAAUUCAAAAUAUCAACAGUAAUAGAAAGAGAAAUAAGGGAGUCUUUUUGAGAUCAGAGUUGGAAAAGACAGCUGGAGAUGCUGUCGGCUCCAUGAUAAAUAAGAGAGCUACCAUUAAUAUAAUUAGAAGAAAGGAUACUGUUAAACAACCAGAAGCAAAUUCAACCCCUCCUGAAAAGAAAUUUUCAGUUCCAAUUCCAGAAACCAACAUGCAGAAAUAUCUCAAUGACGACGAUUUAUUGGAAUCCCUUCUGAACGAAAAGAACGAUGAUGCAGAGACAAAGAAGAGAAAGGAGAGUGUUCUCAGAUCUAGAGGAAGAACUUUCAUUAGUCCAACUACAACCGUUUUAGCAACCUCAAAUGUUACCGGUGAAAGAGAUCGUUCAGCAACUCAAUUCAAUGAACCAAAGAAGGCAGAACAAGCAGCUACUACUAAUCCACUCAAUCUUACUCCUAUUCUUGUUCCAGUAGUAGUUGCUGCAACCAAAAAAGAAGCAACACCUGAAAAGCCACCUGUUGAACCAAAGAAGCCAGAACCAAUUGAAGAUGACGAUGACGAGGAUGAUAUUCUAAAGGAAUUACUUGCUAAGAGUGGUGAGGUAGAUGAAGAAAUCAAAGCUACACCUGAGAAACCACCUGUGGUACAACCAACAAGCGUAUCAGCACCAAUCGUUGUUAAAGAAAAGACACCUGAACCAACAACACCUAAAACACCUGAAAUAGAAACAGAAACACCUGAAGUUUCAUCUGCAUUACAAAAUGCAAUGGCAACCUCUAUUAUUGGAACACAAUCAAUUGUUGAUGAAGAAAAUAUUGAAAAUCAAGUUACAGUUGUUAGUGCUGCGAGAUCUGACUCUGAUUUUGAUUCUUUCGAUGAACAAGAAACUUUAUUACCAGGAGUUACUCCAGAAAAGUUGAAAGUCAUUGCACCAUUCAAUGAUCCUGGACAGAGCUCAGAUUCUGACUUUGGAACAUUCAGUGGAGAUGAGGAGACACCAAGAAGUAAGAAAUCUAGCAAGCCAGCUUCAACACCUAAACAUCAUGAAAAAGUCAAUUCAAUGCCAAUUAUUAAUUUGGCAACUGAUGAACCAAAAGGAAGAUCAAAAGCCAAGUCAGUUUUCAAAAUGUUCAAAAAGAAGGAUCAAGAUGUUGCUCAAAUUAAGAAUAGAAGUUCUAUGAGAAUUCCACAAGAGGAAAGAGAUUUUCUUGCUUCUACACUUUCUGAUGUAAUUGAAUUUGGACCAAUUACUAGCUCUACAACAUUUGCCUCAUUGAAGAAAGUUGAAGAACCACAAACUCAACCAAAGAAAGAUGAGGAUUCUGAUUUUGAUCUUACUGACGAAGAGGAGGAAUCAAAUACUCAAAAUGUACCAGCAAAACAUUUAGACGAAAGCUCAUUCGAAACCAACACUCCAACAAAGGAAGAGACGCCAACUCCUCAAAUUCCACUUCAAGAAGAAACAACAGUUUCAUCCCCAAUCGUUGAGGAUGCUGUUACUCCAAGCAUUGAACCAAUUACUGUAGGAUCAAAGAAGGUAAUUUCCAAUAUCAAGAAAGUUCCAAACAAUAAGGAAACACCAACCACACCAGUCGCUAGCUCACCAACCACUACAGUACCAACUACAAGAAAAUCAUUCGUAAUCUCAUCAAAGAAAAAGAAGGCAGUUGCUUUCAGUGAUCACAAAGAGGAAUUUGUAAUUGAGCCAAAGUCUGUGGUUUCUACACCGGUUGAGCCAUCAAAAGUCGAAUCCUAUGACGAUGAGGGUUAUGGCGAUGAGUUGACUGUCACUCCUGUUAUUACUGCAACACCAACUCAAGAUAUUUCUGUUAAAACUGAAUCACCAAAUGUAUCUACUCCACCAAUAAGCCCACUACCAGAGCAAAACACUUCACCAAUGGCUGUCAAAGAAGAGGUAAUUGUUCAAGAGCCUUCAGUUACCACAACUGAGGAGAAACCUUCUGAAACUGUAAUCUCUACUCCUAUUGCAUCUGUUGAAUCAUUAAUUCCUGGGUUGAUUGUUCCAGUAAUUAUUGAGGAGCCUAAAGUACAAGAUGAAACUCCAAUAAUUACAGAAACACCAAUUGUAGAAAGUUUACCUCCAGUAGCAGCUCACACUCCAGUUUAUAUUGAAGAGCCAAUAAUACCAACAGAAGAAGACAAAAUCAUUGAACAAGAAGUUAAAGAGCCAGAGGUUAUUGUGCCUCCUGAAAGUGAAAUUGUCGCCGAAACAGAGAAUACACCAACUGAGUCGACUAUUCCUGAACCUGUAGUAGUGGAAAGCACUCCUGUUAUUUCUGUUGUGGAUGAACCAGUUAAAAGUGAAAUUGUUAGUGAGCCAGAAAUUGUAACAGCUCCAACAAUACCUGAGGAAGUGAUUGUUGAAAUUCCAAUUGUGUCUAUUUCUACUAUGCCUCAGGAAGAACCAAAACAAGAGGAACCAAUUAUUCCAGAACAAGUUAUUGAAAAAUUAAUUACUACAGAAUUGCCAUCAAUUGAAGUUGUAACCACACCAGAAUUAAUUCCUGAAACUCUUAAGGAUACACAAGAUGCCGAGCCAGUAAUUGUUCCACAACCAAAAGAAGCAGAAAAACAAGUCUUUAUUCCUGUAAUUCCAGUAGUGGAGGUUACAGCCACCAAGGAGGAACCAGAAAUAUUUAUUCCUGAAACAAAAGAAAUUGUUGAGCCAAUAAUCAAUACUACUCCACAACCAAUCCACAUGGUUCCAGAAGUACAACAAGAACAGCCAAAGCCAGCUCUUCCUAGCUCAACAGUUAAUUUUUCAUCACCAAAUAAGGACAUUGCAGUCAUGUCACCUGCUUUAACUCCAAGUCCAGCAAUUGAACAAGAUGAUGAAGAUGAUACUGAGCGAGUGCUUAAAGAACUCUUAGCCCUUCAGCAACAACAGGAAAUGAAUGAAGAUACUGAAUAUGAUGAUGAAGAAACUAUUCUACCUCAACAACCAAUCACAUCAGCCCAAGUGAAGCCACCAACAGCAACCAAUGGAAAUGUGAAAUCCAAAACUGAUGAUUCAAGCUCUGAAGAUGAAGAUGAUGACAUGGUAAAAUCAAUUCUUAAAGAAGAAAAGUCAAAAAUCGAUCAAGUUGAGUAUGAUGAUGACGAUGAUUUGGGUUCUUUACUCACUUCAUAUGCUAAGAAAAGACAAGAGGAAAAGCCAACAAGUGCUCCAGCUGUUGAAACUGUUUCUCCAAUUUCUGAGCCACCCUCAACUGUAUCAGUCUCCUCGGCAACAAGUACACAAAAGGUUAUUAAAACGAGAAGAAACGCAAUUGGUAGCUUUACAGGAACUGCCAUCCCAACCUCAUCUCGUAAAAGAUCAACUGCAGUCGUCAUUCCAACCCAGAAGAAACCAACACGAGUGGUUAAAACUGUUGAUGAUUUAUUGCUAGACGAUUCUGAUGAUGAAUAA